AUGGCAGAACCAAAGUCUUCGACAGCGUCAUCGAGCAAUGCGACAAACCACGAGGAUUCUCAACUCCACGAUCGGGACUGCGAUACGUCGUCUAGCGAAGAGAAAGCACCUGCCACGGCGGUAACGUCAGUCGCUACUCUUUCAACACUCCAGGAUGGCGGCACGCGAGCGUGGCUCCAGGUUCUGGGCUCAUUCAUCGUCUUUGGCAACCUGUGGGGCUUUACUUUCGCGUUUGGGUCCUUUCAGUCCUACUAUGAACUCGACUAUUUACCUGGCGAGACAGCGUCGUCCAUCUCUUGGAUUGGCACCGUCAGCGUCUUCUUGUUGAUCUGUAUCGGCAUCAUCUCCGGCCCUCUUUUUGAUUUGGGAUACUUCAAGUCUAUGCUCCUAGCUGGUGCAGCUAUCGAGACGCUUGGUGUCUUCUUGACCAGCAUCUGCAGCUCAUACUGGCAACUCAUGCUCACUCAGGGUAUCCUUAUGGGACUAGGGAAUGGUCUCCUCUACUUGCCAGGACUCGCAUUAGUCGGACGGUCGUUCAAGAGACACCGCGCUAUCGCCAUGGGCAUCACGACAUGCGGCGCUCCAGUCGGCGGCGUGUACUACACUCUCAUCUUCGAGCAACUGAUAUCCAAGAUGGGCUUUGGCUGGACCGUCCGAAUCAUGGGAUUCGUUAUGCUGGGAUCUUAUUGCAUUUCGUUUCCGCUUCUCCUAUGGGGCGCACGCAACAUUGGCGACCUAGCAUCUGGAGCGCCUCGUAAGUUGUUCGACAGAGGUGCUUUGACCAACACACCUUUCUGGACUUACUCCACGAGCAAUUUUCUGAUCUUCUGCGGCUACAUGGUGCCAUUCAACUUCAUUCCAUCAUACGCGCAACUUGUGCUUGGUCUGGACCGCAGUAUGUCUCUCUACAUUGCGAUGAUAGCCCAAGCGAGCAGUGUCGUGGGACGUCUUGUAGCCGGCUAUUCCGCAUCGAAGAUCGGUGUUUUGAUUCCUUGGAUAGUCUGCGCGUCCAGCAGUGGUAUUAUCUGUGUAGCUUGGAUUGGGGCCCAUACCACUGGAGGCUUCAUCGCCAUAGCUGCGCUGUACGGAUGCUUUUCUGGCGCGCUGAUACCUCUUCCUCCCAGCGUAUUUCCGGUAGUCUGUCCUGAUCCCAAGGUGUUUGGUGCUCGUCUUGGGAUGGCACAAGGCAUCGCAUCGAUUGCAAGCUUGAUUGGACCUCCCAUCGCCGCUGCGCUGGCCUCUCUCUCAAGUACUCCAGGCGAAACGAAUUAUCUGGGACUGCAGCUGUUCGGUGGACUAGUCAUGCUAGCUGGAGCAUGCAACCUUGGGGCGCUCUGGAUCGUACUGGCCAAGAGAAGAGAGCAAGGAUCGUCGAAGCUGAUCUGA